AUGUUCAGAUACAUACCAUCCAAAACAGCCAUCACCGAAGCGACGAUAUCCAACGCACGGUUCGCUCCCUCGAAGCGCCCGGUUGGUAUCUUCCUAGGCGGUACGUCUGGGAUAGGUGAAGCCAUGGCGAGACAGCUGGCGACGCAGACGCAUGGACGCGCCAAGAUUAUCCUCCUGGGCCGCAACGAAGACUCUGCUCAGCGCAUCAUCGCAUCUUUUCCCAAGACGGACGAUAGCGUCCCGCAAGACGAGGCGUCAGAUUACUCGUUUAUCAAACUCGAUGCAACGCUAAUGAAAGAAGUUCGGCGCGUUACGGAUCUGUUGGCAAAGGAGCUUGUCAAGAUUAAUUUUAUUGUCACUACUACGGCGUUUUUCGAUUAUGGUGGUCGGGAGGAGACGUGCGAGGGUGUAGAUAAGAAGAUGGCGUGUUUGUUUUAUGCACGGUUCAAGUUUAUCUACGACCUCGUCCCGCUUGUCCAAAAGGCGGCAGGGGCGGGGGAAACGACGGGGAUUACGAGCAUCUUUGCAGCUGGGCUGGGUGCCGCUAUCGAUCUCGAUGAUCUGGAUAUGAAGAAGAAGUAUUCGAAGCUUCGUUGUCGAUACCAGUGGGCCACAUAUACCGAUGCCGUGUUCCAGGAAUUUGCUCAUCGGUAUCCAACUUUGGGGUUCUACCAUCAGAUGCCCGGCGCCGUCAGGACGCCCAUGAUGACGAACCACUUUGGCGGCAACUUCUUUGCGUCUAUGAUAAGCUUUACGAUCGUCUCUCCAGCAGAGGCAGCGCAGCUCAUGUGGUGGCGAAUGCUGGACGAGGAUCCGAAAUGGAAAACGGGAGCACACCAAGUUAGCCAUCGUGGAGAAGAGCUCAGUAAUCCUUUUGUGACCGAGGGGGUACCAGAGGCUGUAUGGACGCAUUCGGAGAUGGUCACCUCUGGCGCUAGUCUGAACCUCCACAGUGGGGCGCUUAUUUGUGAUAGCCCAAAAGACCACGGCGGAUGCUUGCCAAACGUCCGAUUUCGACAACUUCCGAUCCUAUCUCCGGAGAUACGCCGCGUGACGUGGACUUCGGCAUCACCAUUCGACCAUAUAUAUGCGGGUCCUCUCGUCAAACUCAACCCAUCCAACAUGGUGUUCUCGCCUAUGCCAUCAAAGGCAGCCAUUGCUGCGGCUACCGCCUCCAAUGCACGCUUUCGUCCUUCGACUCGGCCUAUCGGGAUCUUCGUAGGAGGGACAUCUGGCAUAGGUGAAGCCAUGGCGACACAGUUGGCAUCUCAAACGCGCGGUAGGGCCAAGAUUAUCCUCUUGGGACGCAACGAAGCGUCGGCUCAACGCAUUAUCGCCGCAUUUCCUAGGACGGACGAAGGUGUACCAGCGGACGAGGCAUCUGACUAUUCGUUUGUCAAAGUCGACGCACUUUCGAUGAAGGAGGUUCGAACUGUUAUCGUAAAGCUAGCACAGGAGCUCCCAAAGAUCAAUUUUAUGGUGUUCACUCAGGCGUUUCGCGAUUAUGGUGGCCGAGAUGAGACGAACGAAGGAAUCGACAAAAAGGCGGCCUGCUACUACUAUUCGAGGUUCAGGUUCAUUUGUGAUCUGGCGCCACUCGUCCAUAAGGCUGCGGAUGCGGGAGAGAGGACGGGCAUUAGUAGCAUCUUUGCCGCUGGACAAGGAGCUGCUAUCAAUUUGGAUGAUUUGGAUAUGAAGAAGAGCUACUCGCGGCUUACAUGCCGGUUGCAAUGGGAAUUUGCUCAUCGCUAUCCACUUUUGGGAUUUUAUCAUCAAAUGCCUGGUGUCGUACGGACGCCUCUGGUGACCAACCGGUUUGGUGGCAACUUUCUUGCAUCAAUGUUAAGCUUCAUGAUGAUCUCACCUGAAGAAGCUGCACAGUUGAUGUGGUGGCGAAUGCUAGACGAUGACCCGAAAUGGCAGACUGGAGCGCACCAGGUCAGUCACCACGGAGACGAACUUAGUAAUCCGUUUGUGACCGAAGGAGUACCGGAAGCGGUGUGGACUCAUUCGGAAACGGUCACUUGGAGGCUUCGUCCAAGUCUUGACUAUCCCUCUCUGGAGCGAUAG